UCUACCAAAAAAAUGUGAACAAGAAGUUUCAGAGAAGCUAGAGAGAGAGAGAGAGAGAGAGUGUGUGUUGGUGAACAUUUCGGAAUUUGUUAGGUCUGGGAUUGGGACUGGGGUGAAGAAACUGGUGCAGGGUAGAGAGACAGAGAGAGAGAGAGAGAGAGAAUUAGAGAGGAACAGAUCUAGAAGGGGAAAGAUGAAAAUGGCAAGUAUGGGUAUGGUGAUGGUAGCGAUUGUGAUGGUAGCGGGGAUGACAGGAUUGGUUGAGGGACAAUCCAGUACGCCGUCGUGUGCGGAGGCUUUAGUGCCAUGCGCGAACUACCUCAACUCCACGAAGCCACCGGCUUCUUGCUGCACUCCUCUCAACAAAACUGUGGCCACUCAACUCCAGUGCCUCUGCAAUCUCCUCAACGAUACCUCUUUGUUUCAAAGUCUCAAAAUCAAUCUCACACAAGCCCUCGGGCUUUCUAAGAACUGUGGCUUAGCUGAUACCACCGCCGCUUGCAGCAAAUUUUCAGCUUCACCUGUUGCUUCGCCAACUACCUCUGCUACUCCAACUCCUUCAGGAGCAGCUGGAAAUGGCGUAAGGAAGCUGGCUUGGAGUGGAGUGUCUUGUUUGGUUGCACUUUUGGCUUCUAUGAUGGUCAUUAAGGACCUUGGUGUGCUUUAAAUCCGUGCUUGAGGGUUUCGUUUCUUUGCGGAAUUUCUUCCUCCUUAGCGUAUUCUAUUGAGUUGAAAAGGGAUGAUUUCCUUUUUCUAAAUUCCUUUUCCUAUCUCAUUUAGUUCGACUAUUAUAUAUUAUUUGUUUCCCCAUUCCAUCUCUAAUUACACAUCACAUUUCUUUAAUUGUACCGUAUAGUAGUGCCAUUGUAAUGGUGUUAACUCUAAAAACUUUUGAUCAUGAUUAAUUAAUAUCAAAUCUCAGGUAUAAUUCUGAUAGAUUCAUAUCAGAAUUGGACACCGAUUAAUUUGAUUCUUAA